AUGGCUGCGCCUUUUCCAAAUGUUGCCGCACGAGGCUAUGGACCAAAUGUCACAUAUAUCUACGAAUACUCGAGAGGCCUGAACGGUGUGAAUGUUCCCCUGGAUGUGCUCAUUGCCCGUGUCAUCUACUCUACGAUCAUCAUCUUGGCUGUCGUCGUUUUCUGCGGCCGCAUCGCGCAAAUAAGCCACGCCUACCUUCGUCUGACCACCGCUUCGUCGUCCAAUCAACGACAACAAACAUACUGGAGUCGGGAACAGUCAAGAUUGUGGCCAUGGCUGAAGAAGCAGGUCUUAUAUGCUCCUCUGGGGAGGAAGAGACACAAUCGAGAGGUUCAGCUCUCUUCCGCUAUCGGCAUGGGCACCUUGCCGUCUCGAUUCCAGACCAUCUUGAUCUCACUGUACUUCGCAAGUCAGGUUGUGUAUUGCUUGUUUCUGGAUUAUGGCGCAAACGAAAAGCAAGCGCUGGUAGCAGAGCUUCGUGGACGCUCUGGAACGCUUGCCGUCCUCAAUCUAGUUCCACUUUUUCUCCUAGCAUCUCGCAAUAACCCGUUGAUAUCCAUUCUGAAUAUCAGCUUCGACACAUAUAAUCUUCUUCACCGUUGGUUAGGUCGCAUUGUGGUCCUCGAAGCCAUCACUCAUACCAGCGCAUGGGCGGUCAACGCCUGCGCCGAGCAGAAUUUCACUGACAUGCUCGCACGGUUGAGGGACACCCCCUUCUUCAGCUGGGGAUUAGUAGGAACAUGUGCCAUGGUUUGCCUUCUUCUGCACUCUCCUUCUCCUAUCCGGCAUGCUUUCUACGAGAUCUUCCUGCAUCUACACCAGCUCUUUGCGCUACUGGCUUUUGUCGGCGUGUAUCUCCACUUGAAACUAGACUCUCUCCCGCAGAAGCCCUGGAUUGACGCCGUCGCCGUGAUCUGGAUCACCGAGCGCAGCAUAAGACUCCUUCGCCUUGCUUAUCUCAACUUGUCUCCCAGACACGGCAGCACUCGCAUGACCGUCGUUGCCCUCCCAGGCGAAGCCUGUCGAGUGACUUUCCACCUCCCAAAGCGCGUGGAUAUUCAACCCGGCUGCCACGUCUUCGCCUACAUUCCUUGCGUAUCCUGGUGGAUGUCUCACCCCUUCUCCAUCGCAUGGGCUGAACCCCGGAGCACAACCAACGACAACCCAUACCUGGACUACAAACCAUCCAGCAAUCCCCCUCUGACCCCCUGCUCCAUCGAAAAGCAAGGCUUCGACCUCGACUUCGAACCUAGGGACUUUCGCCCCCAACCUACAGAAGUAUCACUCAUCAUCAGCGCUCGCCAAGGCAUGACUCGCGCACUUUACAACCUCGCCCGCUCAAAACCGAAUCAAACACUUCAUAGCUCUGGCUUCAUCGAAGGACCCUACGGCUCUCAUCCCGCAAAUGCCUCCAGCUACGGCACGGCAGUCCUUUUCUCAGCCGGUGCAGGAAUCACCCACCAUCUCCUGUACACCCGCGAUCUACUGAUGCGGUCAGCCUCCGAAACAGCAGCAACUCGUCGCAUCUACCUCAUCUGGUCUGUCCGCUCCACAGACCAUCUCGCAUGGGUGAGUCAAUGGAUGGACCAGAUUCUGAAACUUCCCAUGCGCCGCGAUAUCCUCGUCAUCAAGCUUUUUGUCUCGAAGCCACGGCGCGCCGCGGAUAUCGUCUCGCCCUCUAAGACAGUGCAGAUGUUUUCGGGUCGGUGUAGACCUGACGUUGUGUUGAAUGAGAUUAUGCCAAAGAGAGUGGGUGCCACGCUAGUUUCGGUUUGUGGACCUGGGGCUUUUGCGGAUGAAGUGAGGAUGGCAGCCAGAGAGAGGAUUGGAAAAGGGGCUGUGGUUGAUUUUGUGGAAGAGGCUUUCACGUGGUAA